AUGUCGUUUUGGGAGAAUAAUAAGGGCACAUUUAAGGCAGCAGGUGUAGCUACCGUCAAGGGAAUUGGACAUGGUACCAAAGCCAUUUCAAAAGCGGGUUAUCGUACCUAUAAGAAUAGUGAAUCUCGAAAAAAGGGAAUAGAGCCUACUGAGCAAGAAAAGGAUACACAGUUACAGCUGUAUCCGUCUGCACCGGUCCGUUAUGAUAACCUCAAUACAUUACCAGCUCCACCACAACGAGUUGCGCCUAUUCAUGACAUACACGAGCACCAAACUGGUACUUCGAUUCCGGUGUAUUCGUCGCAACAGGCUGCGCCAGGUCAGCCAGUGUAUCAGCAACAGCAACAGCAACCUCAAGGAUACCAGCAACAACCCCAAGGAUACCAGCAGCAGCAACAACCUCAAGGGUAUCAACAACCUGCGCAAGCUCAACCAGUAUAUCAGCAACAGCAGCCUCAAGGAUAUCAGCAACAGCCUGCCCACGCUCAACCAGCGUAUCAACAACAACAGCAACCUCCGCAAACUCCACCAACGUAUCAGCAGCAGCAGCAACAACAACCUCCACAAGCUCCACCAACGUAUCAGCAACAGCAGCAACAACCUCCUCAACCUCCUCAACCUCCUCAACCUCAACCAGCGUAUCAGCAGCAGCAACAGCAGCAACAACAAUCCCCACAAGUUCAACCAGCAUACCAGCAGCAACCCCAAGGAUACCAGGUACAAGUUCCUCCACUGCAAGGGAUCCAAGACCAGUAUCAAGGCACCCCACAAGUCACCGAGACGCCUAUCUAUUCUGCAACAACACCAAACGUUGGAUCUGGUCCCCAAAUAAUCCCUCAGAAUGAAUAUAGUAGUAUUCCAGCUCAACCAAUUGUUGAACUGGAGGCUAUUUCUCCAAAACCUAUGCGACCACUUCCAGAUCCUAGCUCGUUUCCGGCCCCACCAAUUCGUCGCGAUAGAGGACAAUCGGCAGAAUCAGUGAAAAGUCAGACAACUAAUCUGCGUCAGAGUCCUAGCCAUAUUCCGCCAUUGCCCUCCAGAAAUAACACUCUGCAGUUAAAUCCAUCCAGUUUCCAACCACCUCCCCCAAUUAGACGAACAAAUGAUGUUCUGAACCACACCGUUAGUCCUGAUCAUGAAUAUCAGUAUUCAAAUCCAAGGCCGGAUUCGAAUCCUGUAUCCGUAUCUAAAACGUCGCCGGAUUCAUCAACUGUGAACUUAAAUGAAGUUAGUGCACCACCGAUGCCUUUAAGACCGUCUUCGACGAGUUCUUCAUCAAGUGCAGUCAAGAAGAAGGCUCCACCGCCAAAACCUGCCAAAAAGCCUCAAAACCUAACUUCCUUGGGUACUUCUCUGCCUCCCCAUAUGGAGACUGCAAAUGCUCCAGCUGUUUCCAAACGUAGCACUUCAUCAUCUGCAAGUAUUCCUCAAAUGCCAAAUUUUGCGGAAGAAAUAUCGAAAAGGGUCCAAAAGCUUAACACUCAAGAAGAGCCAGAAAUGAAUGAAACGCAAGUGAUACCAGGAUCUUAUGGAGAAGAAAGCAAAAGCACUCUGAAGCCCCAGCCUCCUGUCACUAAGCAGAAGCCUCAAUUAAAACCUAAACCACAUGUUGCGCCGAAACCAGUAUUACUGAGACUUGAAUCUAGUCAAAGUCUGUUUGGAAAUUCUCCAGGGUCUUCUCAUUCUGUUUUGAGUUCUUCAUUAAGACCAAAAAGUGCAUCGUCAACCCCACCGCCACCACCACCUUCGAGAAACUACAACAGACCAAAGGCAGCAGCCCCGCCAGUGCUGACACAGAGUCCGACCAUCGAUUUAGAGCUAACGACAGGCUGGUACGAUGUGAACCACUUUAAAUUGCCAACGUCAUUAUCGGGACUUAAUUAUCUGACCUCAUAUAGGUAUAGUUCUUCUGGCCCUGUCGUAUCACACACUAGAACAUUAACUGUCAGACUCAAAGAUUUGUCUACUUUACGCAUCGUUAUCAAUUGGAGAAAUUCUGACUUCAUGAAUGCGGAUGGAAAGAUCGAGAAACAUACUCCGUCUCCGAUAGUCACUUCCCAACCUUCUCGUGGAGAGCUCAUGAGUUAUCACGAAAGAUUUGGUGAAUACGUCGCGUCUUGGUGUGAACACAGAUUCGGCCAACAAGUUGGAAGAGGUGAAUGCUGGGAUCUUGGCCAUGAUGCGUUACAAAAGGGCUGCGGAAAUCAUGCCUUUGUAUCAGAGUAUAACAUUCAUGGGUAUCCAAUUCUCCAAGUGCAAGGCACUGAACAAGGUGCUUCACCUGUAAAUGAUACCCAGCCCUCCGAUGAAGUUAGAAGGGGCGAUAUCUUACAGUAUACCUCGUGUGUCUUCAAAGAUAAGUCGACGGGAAGUGUUCAGACUGCUGGUGAUCCAGAUCAUACUUCAGUGGUUUUACAAAAUACAGGACAUCUGUUUAUAGUUGCAGAGCAAAAUGUUAAAAACGUCAAACUAGUUCAGCAAGGAGAGGUGAAUAUUAAAAACUUGGCUAAGGGUACACUCAUUGCUUAUAGACCGGUGCCUAAUGACUGGGUAAAUAGCUUAACUUAA